UAUUCCACUCUGGUAUGGCUCAUGUAUCUAAGCUCAAACUGGGGUUGGAUGUGUUUUAAUGGGAUUUGUGAUGUCUGUUGAAAUGUUGAAAUUCGGGGGUGGGUGAAAUAUAGAAUGUUAGAAUUAUUAUAUGGGUUCAGCUAUGUAAUUAACAAAACAACAAUUUAAACAUUGAGCAGGACUGUGCAUUGUGCAGGACGAUCUAAUUCAGUAAAGAGUAGGGUGUUGUUGGGUCGAGUCAUUACAUUUUAAAUUUUUCAAGCUUCUCAAAUGAGGGUGUUCACAAUUACUGUAUUUGCCUUUGCAUCUGUAGGAAAGGUGCUGCCUUGUUUAUUUGAUUGAUUUAAUUGAAUCCCAAUACUGAAUCUGUAUCUAGUACUAGUUUACCUGGUAUAUAAGUUUAUGAGUCCAACAAGGUCUUCAAUAGUUCAAAUAUUAUGACAUAAUUUAUGUCCCAAUGAAUACAAAUAUAUAUGAAUCAAAAAUCUAUGUACAUAUUGAUGUUUUCAUAUUGAAUGCAUUAUUUGCCUUAUUAAAAGCAAAUGUGACACAAAAAAAUAUGUUUGUAUAUAAGGGUUUGAUGUAAAGUAUGUGUUGGUAUUGAUAUAUGUAUAUUUGUAUCUUUUUAAUGACAAAACAGUGCGCUCAAUGUUUUUAUAGAUGGAAAAUAAUCAAUAAGGUCUAGACCAGUUCAAUUUCAUCAUUUUAUUUCAACACAAAGAAAUACAAAAAUACAAACAUUAGUUUCAAACUGUCAAACAAAACUGUACAAACAGCCAGAAAUAAUAAAGGUACACAUUAAUAUCUUUGCCAUUUGUUUUGCAUGCUCUCUCAGCAGCUAGGGAACAAUAUGAUUGAUCAAAUCAUCAUUAAGUCAUCUGCUGGCAUUAACAUCAUCCAUUAUGUUUCUGUGGAUGCCUUGGCACACUCUUGACUCCUUUAGGGGAAACCUGAAUGUGUCCUGGGGGUGGGCAAUUAGAGCAGAGCAGUUUGGAGGUAUGGGAGGAAAUUAUUUUUCAAAUCAGCCAAUAUCAUGGCAGUCGGAUUGGAUUAGCAAAGACUCUGUCUUGCACACAAAACGAUAUCAUACACAACAUCAGAAAGAUGCACACAAUUGGAUUCACACCAAACCGCCGGAGGAAAUCCUUGGGCCAAAAAAGGUUAGAAUUCACAGACGGAGAGAAGAGAGAUGUUGAUCCGACUGAAGGGGCUGCUUUAGAAAAAGUGAAUUUCUAGCUACUUCAGAGAAGUGUUUGUAUCCCACGCAUGACCCCGCUGCAUGUUGUAUUAUCAGUCAAGCUAUACUCUUAUCUUUAAAGUUUUCCAAUUCCUUCAGGCUUAUCCAAAAAGAAUACAAAACAACCAAAUAUAGAUCAGAUCUCCACGCAUCAACAGUGCAGUGCAUUGACCAUUUGAUUAUGUGCGUGAGUGAAACCGUUCUCUUUUGUGGGACCUCCUUAUAUGCAGCAUACAAACAAGCAUGCAGAGCGUUUUCAUGUGGGUGCCUUAAGGGAUUUUGAUGCCCCUGGGUGCCAUGUCAGAGCACCCAGGGAAGGGAGUCACACGCGCAAUAACAGAAUAAUAGCCUGCGGUGAUGCCCAGACCGUGUUUGUUAGAUUGUGUUUUUCUGUCCGUUAAUUGUCUAAUUGUGUGAUGUUGACUUCAUCCCAAUUUGCCUGAGACCCCAGCUCAGACCAGUUGAUAAUGUGGGCCUUGAGGGACUGUCACAAUAUUUGUCACAGCAUUGUUUUGCAUAUAUUUCAACCAUGUCUACACCCACACAUAUGGAAAACAGGCCAACUCAUGCCUAAUUGGCAAGGUUGAUUUUUUUAUUGACUAUUAAUCGUCACACAUGGGGCUUUGGCUUUGCAUAUCAUCCAUGGUGCAUAGUGCAUACAUCUCUUUCAAGUAAUGCAGUUAGUGCAUAGCAUGAGGUUUUGAAACUGAAUGGCCGAGUGAGCAAGCCUGAGUGAAUUAAUUCCUCUGCGUUACUACAUCUGUCCGAGGGCAAGUGGGCCUCUCGGCACGAGUGUGAACCAGUGAGUGCAUCUGUAAAUGGAUUGCAUCAAAUCCAGAGGAUGUAAACAAUUGUUUCCUUAUCCUCUCCCACCAUUAGAGACAGUGGAGUUUGACUUGGCUCCUGCUCCUGUAGAGGCACCAUGGCGGACUAUGUGUACAACACGACCAACUCCACUACCCCCACCUACCCCCUCGACCACACGGGGGCGCUCAACGCCACGCACGCCCCCUUCAGCCCGUUCGAAGGCUGCGAGCUGAUGGCCGAGGGCAUCCUGUUCGACCUGAUCGUGCAGUGCGUCAACGUGGUCAUGGGCAUCCCCGCCAACAUACUGGUGAUCGCCGUCCUCCUGCGCAACCGCAAGGAGCCCUCCACCUCCGACUUGUUCCUGGGCUGCCUGGCCUUCCUGGACAUCUACUACGGCGCCAUGGUGCCCGUCAACAUCCUCAACCUGUACCACUGGGGGAGCUACAAGGUGUGGCUGUCCGUCAAGUUCUCCUACGGCGUCAAGGACACCAGCGGGCCCCUGUUCCUGUCCUGCAUCUGCUUGGACCGCUUCGUGGCCGUGCUGUUCCCCAUCGCCUUCGGCACCCUCCGGGCGCCCCGCUACCGCAUCAGCCUCUCCACGCUGGUGCUGGGCCUCACCUUGGCCUACGCCUCGGCCAAGACGGUGGGCGGCCUGCCCAACUUUGAGAAGGUGUUCACGGGGGAGAUCCUGGCCGUGUUCGUGUGGAUGAUCGUGUGCAACGCCGCCAUCCUGCUGGCGCUGAAGAGGUCCCGCGGCGCGGGCAAGGACGCGAUGCACCCCAUGAAGAAGAAGGCCUUCAAGAUGGUGCUGGCCAUCCUGGUGCUCACUGUGUGCAACUACCUGCCGCCCGUGGCCCUGUUCCCCUUCGAGGACGCCUACGCGCCCAACGUGUUCCGCUGCUACGUGCAGCCCGUGGGGUUCGCAUUCCUCAACGUCAGCAGCAGCACCCAGCCACUGAUCUUCCUGUCCCGGCUGGAGAGGUCGUCCUUCCUGCCCGAGUGCUGUGUGAAGUGGUGUUUCCCCGUACCGGCGAAGCAGGAGGAAGGGAAGUCCCCAGCAACAGUCAGUACAAGCGUCUGAAGCCUCGCCUGCCUGAAUGUGAAGAGGGUGUAGGUGGUUUGCCUAAAAGAUGAGCUACACUCAUCUUUGCCCCAACAACACUAGAUAGCUAGUUCAGGAUGGAAUAUGCAGAGUGAAUGUGUUUGAUUUUGUUUGGCCAUUAUUAUCAUUUGUGUUUGUGUCUUUGUAUACAGCUCUUUGAUUGUAAAGUAUAUGUGGUCUAUAUUUAAUUCAUUUGAAUGUACUAUUGUAUUGGAAAUAUUUUCAAAGAACUGUCAAUUGAGCAAUAAUAAAAAACAAUCAUGUUUCAUAACCUCUUUGAACCACUGUUGGCCGUAGUUCUGUAUGACUGCAGCGCCAUCGUGUGUUUAAUAAUAAAACUACACAGACUCGA